AGCAGCACAGCUCGUUCAACGUUUCGGUCGACAGAUUCUCCAGUAAAACUGAGGUGUCAUAAAAUCAAAUUUUUUCGAUUCAACAUUUAUAUUUUCCUACGGUCCUUGCUUUUGGGGUUCGUUGAGCACGAGCAGGCCAAAGAGAUACAACAAUUUAGCAAGCAGCAAGCAGCAAGCAGAUAGCAGAAAGGUAAGCCCCCAUCAUCUGCUUAAACAAAGAGCUGAGAUUGCAAUUCACAAGAUCAGGACAGAAGUUGGGCACAGCAGCGGAUCAAGCCGCCCCUGAGAGAGCCAAUCGGCAGAGCAGUUGGCAAAUCAUCGAUUGAAUAACCAAACGCGGGCAAAGAUGUCGGACAACAGCGCUGUGACUGGUGUGAUGAACCUCCUGCUGUGCGGCGCCACUGGAUUUGGAUUCUACCAGAUCGGGCCCCAGGAGCAUCCGUACGCGUUCACGGCCUGUGUGGUCGGCUUUUGCCAUGGACUGCUGGGCCUGGUGGCCACCGUGUCAGGCGAUGAGAACACCACCAAGGCCAACGACGCCACCAACGCCCUCAUGGAGAUCGUGCCGCUGCCGCUGCUCAAUGUGGAUCUGUUCAUGGGGGCCGACAGCAACAACCUUGCCCUGGGCCACGGCCUGUUCAUCGUCCCGUUGGCGGUCAGCGUGAUCAUAGGCUGGGCCAAGGACAGCGAAGAAAACGGAAGCGUCAUCGACACUCUCAAGACCCUGACCAUACUGGGUAAUAUUACGUCGAUGGUCUACUUGGCGCUCAACGAGAGCAGCUGGAAUCUGGGCGGCAUGGCCUUCCUGGCCUUCAUGGCCAAGUUCGGCGCCGCCUUCUUCGAGGAGAAUGUCUCCGAGGGAACCGGCCAGCCCAUCACCUACAUCAGCUGGUCGGGCUUCUUCUUCCUUACCGCCCUGGCCGUCGCCGGCGAAAAGUAAACUCCCAGAAACACCAAACAAUUAAUCAGAUAUUCCGCACUCAACCAUCCCUCGAUUUCCAAGUGCGCUUCACGUAGCGACUCGACGAUUAUUUAUUUAUUUUCCUUCGGACCCUUAGUCAAAUUUUUUGAGUAAUUAGCUGCAAUAUUAAAGAACGAAAUUAACCACAA